ACCUGCUGUACUUAGAGCAUCACCAGCCGCUGACAGCAGCGCGAAGGAGACCAACAUAGAGGAGGGAGGCUGGAGCUGUGUCACGGAGGGGGAAUGUCGCACUAGCCGGUAUUUUUUUAGACUUUCCAUCUGUUAUGGCAGCUUUUUGUGGAGCCACGCCGUAAACGACAAGACAAGGAGAAAGACAGAGGCAGUAAGGGGAGAUGAGCUCUGUGUUUGCUGGGCAUGAAGAGGAAAAGUGGACCAAAGAGCUGUCAACAGCCAGUGACCCCUGCCUCCCAGACAUGAAAUACCUAUAAGCAGAGAGACCAAUCCAGCGAUUCCUCCUCUGAACUUCAGCUCCUGAGCUGCGAUCUGACUCAGAAAGCAUGGGACACUCCUCUGGUCAUCGUAACCCUCCUUUCUUCCUUUUCGUCCUCCUCCUGUGCCACCACUGCAUAUCCAUCAGUCCUCAGGUCCUGGAUCAAAGAUCUUCUCCUGACCAAACUCUGCCAUCUACAAACAACACAGUGUCUGAAAAAAAGAAAUGUGCAGGUGUUGUAGUGUGUAAGCCUGGUAUUCUGCUUCCAGUGUGGCUGCCUCUCAACCCUCCAGUUGGGGAACAAGCAGGAAGAGCAAUUGUUUACUUCCUCUCUCUCAUGUACAUAUUCCUUGGAGUGUCCAUCAUUGCUGACCGCUUCAUGGCAUCUAUAGAAGUCAUUACAUCUCAGGAGAAGGAGGUGACUAUCACCCAACCUAAUGGAGAAACAACUGUAAAAACCGUACGGAUCUGGAAUGAAACUGUGUCCAACCUGACACUUAUGGCAUUGGGUUCUUCUGCACCAGAGAUCCUGCUCUCUGUCAUCGAGGUGUGUGGACACAACUUCAAUGCUGGGGAGCUUGGCCCAGGCACCAUAGUGGGCAGUGCGGCCUUUAAUAUGCUUGUGAUAAUUGGUCUGUGUGUGUCAGUAAUUCCUGAUGGUCAGUCUCGCAAGAUCAAACACCUGCGAGUGUUUUUUAUCACAGCUUUCUGGAGUAUCUUUGCCUACAUUUGGCUGUACCUCAUCUUGGCUGUCAUCUCCCCAGGGAUUGUUGAGGUUUGGGAAGCCGCAGUAACACUGCUGUAUUUCCCGAUCUGUGUCCUCUUGGCUUGGAUCGCUGACCGUCGCCUGCUUUUUUAUAAAUACAUGCAUAGGAGAUACCGAGCUGAUAAGAGGCAUGGAAUCAUAGUCGAAAUGGAAGGGGACAUUUCCGCUAAAGGCAAUGAUGUCAUCAUGGAUGGAAAAUUGUCAGAUGGCAAUCUGGGUCCCGCAAACUCUGCUAGUGUAACUGUGUCUGUGCAAACAGGCAGUGACUUAGAUCAAAGCAAAGACGAGGUGGUCCGUAUAUUAAAAGAGCUGAAGGAAAAGCAUCCAGAUAAAGACCUGGACCAGUUGAUCGAGAUGGCUAACUACUCUGCCCUUGUUCACCAGAAGAAGAGUCGUGCCUUUUACCGCGUCCAAGCAACACGAAUGAUGAUCGGUGCUGGAAACAUCUUAAAGAAGCAUGCAGCAGAUCAAAAAAUACGCUCUCAAGAACAAGACCAAGACAGAGCAAACUGCUCAAAUAUCUGUUUUGAGAAUGUGCUAUACCAAUGCACAGAAAACUGUGGCUCAGUUAGCCUGUGGGUGGUCCUUGAUGGAGGCACAGGCCAGAACACAUUCUAUGUGGACUACUGUACAGAAAACGGGUCUGCCAAUGCUGGAUCAGAUUAUGAAUUUAACAAGGGGACCCUUGUAUUUAAACCAGGUGAAACUCGAAAAGAGAUCAAGGUAGGGAUUUUGGAUGACGACAUCUUUGAAGAGGAUGAACAUUUCUUUGUCCGUCUUCAGAAUCUGAGGUUGGAAGAGGGAAGUAAUGAAGGGACAGGGACUCCUCCAAAGGGCAAACUGGUGGAGCCUAUGCUAGCCACAGUCACUAUACUGGAUGAUGAUCAUGCUGGGAUCUUUACCUUUGGGCAGCAGAUGCUGCGAGUGAGUGAGAACACUGGGAUGGUGACAGUGACUGUGUUGAGGAACUCCGGCUGCAGGGGCACAGUUGCAGUUCCAUACCACACUGAGGAUGGUACGGCCAAGGCUGGGAUAGAUUAUGAGGAGGCCAGAGGGGAGGUAGAAUUCACCAAUGAACAGACCAGUCAGACAUUACAGAUCCGCAUUAUAAAUGUGGAGGAGUAUGAAAAGCAGGAAAACUUCUUCAUUGUGCUCGAGGACCCGAAAUGGCUGAAGAGAGGGAUUUCUGCUCUACUAUUAAACCAAGGUAAUCCAACUCCUGAGGAGGAGGAAGCCAGGAGGAUUUCUGAGAUGGGCAAACCUAUUCUUGGAGAACACAGCAGACUAGAAGUCAUUAUAAAAGAGGCCUUUGAUUUUAAGACUCCCAAUGGAGUCAUAGACCAGGUCACUGUGGACCAACUUCUCAAAGACACAAAUCUAGCUGGAGUGAUUGGCACUCACUCGUGGAAAGAGCAGUUCAUAGAGGCUGUCACAGUGAAUGCAGGUGAUGAUGAGGAUGGACAAGAGCAAAGAAUGCCCAACUGCUUUGACUAUUUUAUGCACAUAUUUUGCGUUUUCUGGAAGCUUUUAUUUGCUUUUGUCCCGCCCACUAAGUACUGGAAUGGCUGGGCCUGCUUCAUUGUGUCCAUCUCUGUCAUUGGUAUUUUAACUGCUAUUAUUGGAGACCUUGCUUCCCAUUUUGGCUGCACUGUUGGCCUUAGAGACAGUGUCACUGCAGUUGUCUUUGUGGCACUUGGGACUUCACUACCUGACACCUUUGCCAGUAAAGUGGCUGCCACUCAAGACCAGUAUGCAGAUGCAUGUGUGGGAAAUGUGACAGGAAGCAACGCAGUGAAUGUGUUUUUGGGUAUAGGGUUGGCCUGGUCCGUGGCUGCAGUGUACUGGGAAGUGAAAGGGAAGGUCUUCCAAGUUGACCCUGGUUCCUUGGCCUUCUCUGUCACACUCUUUACUAUUUUUGCAUUUUUUUGUAUGGGAGUACUGAUGCUACGCAGAAGACCGUCUAUCGGAGGUGAACUUGGGGGCCCACGGAUUUCUAAAAUCCUCACGUCACUUCUGUUUUUUGGACUUUGGUUCCUGUAUGUCCUCUUCUCCAGCCUGGAGGCUUAUUGCCAUAUACAAGGAUUCUAAGAGUCACAAAUGAAAAGUUACAGACACAAGAACAGGACAUGCAUCAUGCUCACCAUUUGACAACUGUUGCCAUGGUUCAUAAAAAUGCAUACACAAUGUGUGUGUUCCAUUCACUGCAAGACUAUUCAAAUCAGUAGGACUAUUUUCAACAAUACAAAUAAUUAUAGCUAAGAAAAUAAUAAACAAAGGGUAAAGAUGGACAAUUAUGAUGGAUCAAUAGAUGAACAAAUACAUCUGAUCAAUAAAAUAAAUGUGUUUGUUUUCAGAA